AUGGAUGCCGAUGUCGAUGGGAUCAAUAUCGAUGAUGACGAUGACGGCGAUGUUGGUAUAUUCAGCAUCGCAAAUGACUUCCAAAGUGAGAACGAUGACACCCUCACUGGUAAAAACAACGCUCUUUUAGCAUUGCCAACGAAGCGCACUGCUGUUGACAAGGAUGAAUCAGCAGAGGAAUUUCUGCUGACUCGCGAAGCGGUUGUCCUCUUUGUUCAAGUCUCUGUUGCAGAUGCACAAGCUAAACAGAAAAGAAACUCAAAAAAAUUGGGAAGAGCAAAAAUUCGUUCUCUUAGAAAAGACUUAGUGUUACUUUCUACAGUAAAUCUACCGAAAUACGCAGUGACAAACGUGGGCAGCAGUAAAUUACUGCCCGAGUACAUCGAUCCAUAUCGUGUGUUGCGCCGAAUGGGCAACACAUACACGAUUGAACUGUCCCACAAGAUGCGUACGCAUCCUACGUUUUACGUUAGUCCUCUUUGCCCGUACUAUCAGAAAGAGCCCGUUUCGAGAUGCAAAGAACACCUCCACGGUCGAGAGCCGAGACUACCUUCGAGUGAUCCCGUUUCUACGAGCCAGUCUGGUUGGUUUGGGUUAGACUUGCGAAGCGACCUGUUCACGCAGUUCAGCGAUUUCUCGACGAGCUACAGCAAGCUCAUCACGAAGAGAACGAGUCGAACGUUCGUUCUCAAGUUGCGCAAACGCAAACGCGGCACGAUCGUCCUAACGAUCGUGCGUUAG